GCGGAGGAAGAGCGGGAUCAGCUGAACUACAGAAGAAAUGAAAAUAUUUUCCUGAAAUUCAUCACCAACAACCAGGAUAUUUAACUAAGAGCAAAGUUAAACUGCUGAAAGAGGUGAAGCAGAAGCCUUCCUGAAGAAUCUCCAGAACACGCAGAAAUUGUUUGCUACAUUUAAAAGACAAAUGAAGCCAAGUCCCGACAUGGAGAAACAUCAGCACUCUGUCAAGAGUUUUACUAAACAGAGUAAUCUCAAAAAACACCAGCGCAUUCACACAGGAGAGAAACCACAUCACUGCUCAGACUGUGGAAAGAGUUUUAAUCAACAGAGUAAUCUCAAAAGUCACCAGCGCAUUCACACAGGAGAGAGACCGUAUUACUGCUCAGACUGUGGGAAGAGUUUUACUCAACAGAGGAAUCUCAAAAAACACCAGCGCAUUCACACAGGAGAGAAACCGUAUUACUGCUCAGACUGUGGGAAGAGUUUUAAUCGACAGAGUCAUCUCCAACAACACCAGCGCAUUCACACAGGAGAGAAACCGUAUCACUGCUCAGACUGUGGGAAGAGUUUUAAUCAACAGAGUAAUCUCAAAAGUCACCAGCGCAUUCACACAGGAGAGAAACCAUAUCACUGCUCAGACUGUGGGAAGAUUUUUACUACCCAGAGUGAUCUCAAACAACAUCAGCGCAUUCACACAGGAGAGAAACCAUAUCACUGCUCAGACUGUAGGAAGAGUUUUAUUACACAGAGUAAACUUAAAAUACAUCAGCGCAUUCACACAGGAGAGAAACCUUAUUACUGCUCAGACUGUGGGAAGAGCUUUAAUCGACUGGAGACUGUCAAACGGCAUCAGCGCAUUCACACAGGAGAGAAACCGCAUCACUGCUCGGACUGUGGGAAGAGUUUUACUGAACAGAGUGCUCUCAAAAUACACCAGCGCAUUCACACAGGAGAGAAACCGCAUCACUGCUCGGACUGUGGGAAGAGUUUUACUGAACAGAGUGCUCUCAAAAAACACCAGCGCAUUCACACAGGAGAGAAACUGUAUCACUGCUCAGACUGUGGGAAAAGUUUUAAUCAACAGAGUAAUCUCAAAAUACACCAGCGCAUUCACACAGGAGAGAAACCGUAUCACUGCUCAGACUGUGGGAAGAGUUUUACUAAACAGAGUAAUCUCAAAAGUCACCAGCGCAUUCACACAGGAGAGAAACCGUAUCACUGCUCAGACUGUGGGAAGAGUUUUACUACACAGAGUAAUCUCAAAAAACACCAGCGCAUUCACACAGGAGAGAAAAAUGUCCCAAAUUUGUCCCAUGGCAAUUAAAAGCUCAAAUCAUAAAUUCCACCAGAAACAAAUAUGAGCUGUAUUUAACAAUGGAUUUUACAGGUUCAGCAAAACUAUUCUUAUCCAUGGAUGAUGUGUAUAGAAUUCCAUGUUAUGUUUGUAUGUCUUGUAAGUUUGAAUAUUCCAGGACAUUCUUUGAGACAGAGCUCAGUUUUUAGGUUAGUUACUGUUGCGCAGUAAGGUUACAGGCUCAUUCACUCCCUCUGCUGGUGUUCUUGUUUGUCUAUGGUUCAGUCCAAUUAAAAAUCUGUUACUAUAGAGGGAUAUA